UGGAGCACGAGUAUGGCCACGUAUUGCGUGCUGUACCUUUUUCUGACAAAACGACCCCUCGGCAGAUCUUGCGCCAGUGGGAACGCACGUGCCCCGACGUGUCCGUCGCGGAAGGGGUCUUCCGUACUUGGUUCGACAAGCACCGUGCCGCUGCGGAUCUCGAAACAAUCCAUGGGUAUGUAGCGCUGGAGGCCCGUGCCGGUGAGAAGCUCCGGCAGUUCCAGGGAGAGGGGCGGCACAGCAGUUUCAAGCUUGUCCGGGAACUCCGGAGCCAGGCCGGGCUCAACACGACCGAUGCCGUCAUGAGGGAGUGGAUGCGGCAUCAUGGCGGUGGCGCGCCAUCCUGGUGUUCGUCGGCGCAGGAUUUGGAGCAGCGCGUGGGUCAACGUCUGCGUGAAUACCUCGCCGAGGAGACUGCGGCGGGGGAUGCCGACAGUAUAAAGCAAUGGCUUGCUGAUCAGCAAAUCGCCUGCCCAAUCAGGAUCAUCAAGCAUUGGCUCAACGUGGACUUCUCUCCCGAAGGGGCUGUUGAGUCAGGCGAGGCAUUGGAGUUGGCUAUUGGAGACGUCUUACGUUCCAUUGGUUAUUCUCAGUUCUUCGAGUCCGAAGUAUCCAGAGGCCGUCUUGUCGAGCAUCUCAAAGGCCUCGACCCUCCCAUCAGGUGCACGCUGGACGUGCUCGCUGCGUGGUGCGGGACCUUUUAUCCGGGCCCGGGCGGCAAUGCGCUCGAAGCCGACAGCGCGCACACCUUGGAUACCUUGUUGGGCGAGGACCGAGUUCAUUACGCAUUGGAUGGUGCGAGACCACUGGUCCAGCAUCUGGCUUCUCGUUGGCAGCCGUUUCAAGCCUCGCACAAAGUCUGCCGCACGUGGCUCGAGAGUCUUCCAGACGCCCUCAAGUCGGCGGCCCGAGCCCGCAGCGCGCCGAGGACUUUGAACGCUCGCCGACUUCGUCAGAAGUCCAAGGACCCGCUGCCCCUGCUGCAGACCUUCGAGGAUGUCGAGCGCGUCCUGGGGCAGCUGAUCGUGCGCAAGUACACGUGCGACAACAUGUCGGCUUACGACAUCAGCAAAGACCUCAAGAGGGAGUUCCACGUCGCCAUGCGGCCUUACAAUUUGCAGCAGUGGCUGGGCCACCCCGCGCAGAGGUUGACGUCCCUGCAGAGCGUCCAGGAUAUCGAGAGUCACGGGUGCGCGAAUUUCGUUUUGGACCAGAUGCAGACAGGAGUGCCCGUUGAGCGCGUUGCUCACAGUGUUCGCCGGGAGUACCUCGUCAUCGCGAGCGCCCAGACGCUCCGGGCCUACCGCAGGUACAAGGAGCAGGCCGGCAACCCCCGCACCGCGCCGUGGAUCGAGCAGCGGUGGUGGCGCUGGCUCUAUGAGCAGAUUACUGAGGGUUCCUCUUUCGGGCGCCCCAAUAGGGGCGGCGUUGGCGGCCUGCGCAUGGAGGUGGGCCCCGGGCCAGAACUGUCUCUUCUGCUCCAGCGGUUCUGCGACCGCGCCGAGCUUUCGAUCGGCAUGGUACCAAUGCCGGAAUUCCGCAAGUUUUUCAACAAGCACGAGCAGCUCGCGCAGUUGCGGGCCAUUCGCCGCGUGCAGCACGGCGAGCCGCUCCCCGAGUCCGCUGGCAGACUCCUCAGAGACACCAAGGCAGACGGGGUGCACGAGAAGGUUUUGCAGUGUUGCGCGGAGGUUGCCGCCGCCGACAAGAUGCUUUGUUUCCCUGUGAACAGCGCGGUUGGGAAUACGACCGUGGCUUACGCCGCGAGUAUCUGCGAGGACUUGCAUGCGUGCCAGACGUGGGCCGGUUCCAGCGUUGGCACGCAACAUCGUGGAUUUUGCCGGCGACUGCCAGACACGGAUUUUGCCAUAUGGGCAUGCUACGGCAGUUGGCAGCACUGCCCUUGCUGCGGGUGCUUCUCUUUCAACGAUGAAGGGUUCAAGAGUCUGUACAACGGCACAUCUGCUCAGGUCCCGGCGUCAGAAGUGCUGCAUUCCCGUCGGGAGAUCCCGUCCGAUCCAGUCAAGCACUCUGGCCACGCAGAGCUCGGACCGACGUCGUACUGGUGGGUGAGCCCAACCAUGUACAAGCCCUCGGCCUCCGUGGAGCACGCGUGUGGCAAGUGCACGCCAGCGGCAGAGCACCCUCGGCCCAUCGCUCAUCCGGGAGAGAUGGCCGCUCGCAUCCUCCGAGCCAAGGCUCGAGCCAAGGCCGCCGCCAGGGCCAGGCCUGCAGCCAAGGCCAAGGCGGCGGCGGCUGCCGCUGCCAUCGGGGCCGAUAAAAUGGAACCAGUCUUGCGCACGCAGCAGUUGUAUCGAGUUCCUCGUCUACCGCCAGUGGGCCAAAACAUACCGUCGACCUGGGCCGGCGAAGUGGCAUCGUGGCCUCGGCUCGCGCCCGGAGCGAGCGAGUUCUCCAUGUCGGCCGCAGAGGGAUGCACGUUCCUGGACUUUUCACAUGACGAGAAAAAGGCUUUACGUGUCAUCGUCAUCCACGUGCAGAAGAAACAAGAGAUGUUCAGCGCCAACCCUAACAUUCCGAGCCAUUACAAGAACUGGAAGAAGACCGGCGUCAGCAAAGGCUUCUACGCACCUCACAUCGUUGACGAGCGCAGCCUUCCCACAGCUCGUUGCAAGGCGGCUUUUCGCUGGUUGGUCAAAAACAAUGGCUUUUACGAGGCCUUCUUGAACGCGUCCAACCGCACGCACACGAAUCCGGAUCAGCACGGCCAGCACAUCCGCACAUUUGACCUCCUCGUGACAUUCAAGGGCGUCGAGUGCGCGGCUUGGCCCUGGCUCUACCCCACCGCGGACUUCACGGACACCG